GCGUCUCCUCUCUGCUCCACUCCAGCUUAAACACAGUCAGAGGGCAGAAAAGUUAAGAAAAAAACCCCAGCAGAACUCGUCUUGAUGCUCAGGUCUUAAGACCAUUUACUUCAGCUUGAUGAGAUCAGUCACACUGGACCAUCUGUAGAGCUUCAUCCUCACACAGACUCAACAGGAGUGUCACCAUGCCGACUGUAAAGAGCAAGAAGAAGAAGGUGAAGAAGGAGGUGAAUGAUGCAGAGGAGCAGGGAGAAGUCGGUCUGGAGGUGGAGAUGGAGAACAUGACCAACAACUCGGAGAGCAGAGACCCCCCUCUGACCCCAGAUCUGCAGGAGCCAGCACCACUGAAGAAGAAGAAAAAGAAGAAAGCAUAUACCAUCGAUCAGGAAACGGAUCAUGGUGACCUACCAAAUGGUGACACAUCCGAACCGGUCCUGGAUGGAGAGGAAAUGACUGUUGCUGUCCCCAGGAGGACGAAGAAAAAGAGGAAGGCGAAGGCGACGGAGCACAACAGCAACGACCUGGGAGCCGAAGACGAGGACAUCGUCACCGAUGCCCAGUCACCCAUCCCCCAGCAUUCCCUGUUCACCGCCCCCCAGGGACACAGUCAGCCAGUUGGCAAAGUCUUCGUGGAGAGAAACCGGCGUUUCCAGACAGAUCGCGUGGAGCAGCUCCGACACUCAGAGAUGGUAGACGACUACAUGGACCACAGACGCAUCUGGACCACCAGAGACAUCGCUUUGAGGAUCCACAAUGGCUUCAGGGUGAUCGGCCUGUUCUCUCACGGGUUCCUGGCCGGCUACGCGGUGUGGAACAUCACGGUGGUGUACGUGUUGGCGGGGGGCGAGCACAUGACCACGCUCCCCAACCUGCUGCAGCAGUACCACCCGCUGGCUUACCCGGCCCAGUCCCUGCUCUACCUGCUGCUCACCAUCAGCACCGUGUCCGCUUUUGACAGAGUGAACCUGGCCAAGGCCUCCAUGGCCCUGAGAGGCUUCCUCACCCUCGACCCCGUAGCACUGGCUUCCUUAUUGUAUUUCAUAGCCCUGAUCCUGUCCCUGAGCCAGCAAAUGACCAGUGAUCGCAUCAACCUCUAUCCCACUGCCAACGAGACUCUGUGGCCUCCAGGUUCAGAGCAGCAGAUCCUGCGGCCGUGGAUCGUGGUCAACCUGGUGGUGGCGUUGCUGGUGGGCCUAGCCUGGGCCGUCGUCUCCACACGGCCAGACAUCGAUUACACAGAAGAGUUUUUGAUGACAAUGGAGGUGGAGGGAUACCCGAGAGGAGACGAAACCUUGGACAUUCCUGCCUGAACCAAUCUGCAUAUAUCUUACUUUAAUUUUGUUGCUUUAUUUAAUUUUUUUUUCUACAGAAUACCUCUGACUCGUUUACCAAAUGUGAUUUUUGUAAAUACAAAAUGUAUACAGUAACAGUUGCCAAUUGUUUUGUGUUGUAUGUAAUGUUUUUAUUGCAGCUCUUUUUUGUUCAGUCGACCUAAUGGUGGUAGUAUAAUAUGGCAUUCCCUAUGUACAUGUUUCAUGUGUGCCCUUUUAAUAAAUCUGAAAACAACAUGUAUCUU